AUGGCGUUCAAUGGCACAGUGCCUCCGCCCGGGAGUAUGUUCGUGCGCGCCCUCUACGACUACGACGCCGACGAUCGCACGAGCUUGAGUUUCCGGCAGGGUGACAUUAUCCAGGUCAUCACGCAGCUGGAGAGCGGCUGGUGGGACGGCGUGAUCAACGGCGUUCGCGGUUGGUUUCCGAGCAACUACUGUGCGGUCGUCACCCGCUCCGACGACGACGUGCAAGACGACCGGAACGGUGCAGAUGUCGUCGACGACGACACGCAGUCCGAUCUGGGUGGCACCGACUACACCAACUCUGACACCGAGUCGAUCAACGGCAAUGACACGAUCCUGCCCAUCGAGCGCAAUGGCAACGAUAACAGCAAAGAGGAGGAAGCAGCGUUUUGGAUACCGCAGGCCACCUCCGACGGCCGCUUGUUCUACUUCAAUACUCUUACUGGUGUGAGCACCAUGGAGCUGCCCCUCGAAACACCCUCAGCCAACGAAAAUGGUCCACACGAUCGCGUGAACGUCUUCAUACCAGACUCCUCGAGGCCACCGGCAGAACUGCUGGCUUCGGGCUAUAAUGUGGAGGAUACAGACGAUGAAAAUUCAGCUUCGGACUUCGAGGGUCCGGGCAUGAUGGGCUCGCACAGCUCUUUGCCAGGGCGCAAGAGGCUCUCAGACGGCGUCUCGCCUGCGACGUCAAUGGAUUCCAUGAACCAACAUCCUUCCUUCGACCGGUCGGUGGAUGCAAAUGGUACGAGCUUUUCGAUCGCCAGCAUCCCCCCUCUUGGAACCACUGCCACCUCGUUUGCUAACAACCCUACGGGGGGUUCGCCCAUGCCGUCUGCCUCUUCUCGAAAAUUUUACGAUGAUGUUAACCCCAUACCUCUCACAUGGAAUCGCAUGGUUGAGGACAUGCGCCGAGCCAUUGAGCGGUAUCGACAGGCGAUCAACAACAGCGAUCGCUCCGAAUUCGUAAAGCGUGCAGAAGACAUCUCUGACCAUUUGCGGUUGAUUCUUGCCGCUGGAUCUGGAACAACCGACAAUCACUCCGGUAAUCCCUCCAUUAUUUCCACCAACAAGGCUCUCUAUCCCCACUUCCGUGAGACUAUGUCCAGAUUUUCAAAGCUAGUCCUGUCCUCCCACAUUGCUGCUGCAGACUUCCCUCCACCAGAUUCAUAUUCGAAGUGUCUGAAAGAGGCCGAUGGCGUUCUCAACGGUGUAUAUGGCUUUGUUGAGGUCGCUCGACAACAACGCGGGGAAGACAUUCCUCGCCUCGUUCCUGGCUUCGUGGUCGGUAAUUCUGCAGGUGGCAAUUGGCACAAUAAUGGCGUUGACGUCCGGAAUAAUUCGGGUCAGACCUCGUUCAUCGACCAGGAAGACUACGAACCGAUGGUCGAGCCUACCGUGAAGCUUGACUCUCGUGUGCUAGAGCGCCUGGAAGAUCUGAAGCGUUUGAUCGUCUCUAGCAUUCGGAGGCUGGAUGAGCAGCUUGUCGUUCGCGACAAAAUUGUGACGCCCUAUAGACAUCAAAUCAUCGGCGACAGCGUCUGCAACGCCGCCGGGAAAGUUUUGGACGUUUGCCGUCCCUGGAUCUCCACGAUUGAGUCAAUCAAUCUCUCUGCCCUCAGCUCGACUCUGCAAGGGCAACAAUUAGGCGAGUUCAGCAUACAAAAGCAAAAGGUCUAUGAUUUGGUUUCAGAGCUGGUCAUUACCUGCCAAGGUGUCGCUGCCCCACUAGCUGAUGAGUGGGCCGAGAAUCGUUGCGACUCCCUGGAAGAAAGGAUCAACGGCUGUCGAGCCGUUUCGCGCGAUCUCGAAACCAGUAUCGUGCAACAAUACGGUCUACUACAGCACUUGUCAGAAGCUGUACCUUUAGGUGACAUUGCAGUGCGCAAUGACCCACGACGAAAUACGGACACGGAAGUAGGGAGCUCACACGCCCUCGGAGGCCCAGGCAGCUCGAGGCCACUUUUGAAAGACGUGCCGCAAUCCCACACGUAUAGCGAGGGUACGUCACUUGAAGAUAAAGUGGUGGAACCAAUUCGCACAGCCAAUAGCAGCAAGAAGAUCAAAGACUUCUUCGGAGAGGUGCCCAAUAUCCCUCAAACAACGGUUGAAGAGGUGCCCGAAUUCCUCAAGCUCGACCACGAGGGCGAAAUAUCCUACGAUCACAAGUCAAACCCAGCGCAGCUUCGUGGAGGUACGCUUCAGGGACUUGUAGAACAGCUGACGCGACACGAUCGACUGGACCCUGCGUUCAACAAUACCUUUCUUCUGACUUACCGUUCUUUCACAACUGCUUCAGAGCUCUUCGAGAUGCUCGUCAAGAGAUGGAGCAUUCAACCGCCGUACGGUCUUGCAAAGGAAGACUACCAGACUUGGGUCGAUAAGAAGCAGAAGCCGAUCCGUUUCCGCGUGGUAAACAUUCUCAAGAGCUGGUUUGACAACUACUGGAUGGAAGGCAAUGACGAAGAGGCAAGGAUUCUAAUCCAGAGGGUGUAUAACUUUGCUAAGGAUCACGUUGCGACGACCAGUACUCCUGGUGCUGCUCCACUGAUGACAUCGGUCGAACAACGAUCUCGAGGUCCUGAUAUGCCGACAAAACGAAUGGUUCUCACUCUGAAUGCUCAGACACCACAACCAAUAUUGCCCAAGCACAUGAAGAAGCUGAAAUUCCUUGACAUUGAUCCUACAGAGUUCGCUCGGCAAUUGACCAUUAUCGAAUCGCGACUCUACGGCAAAAUCCGUCCUACCGAGUGUCUCAACAAGACCUGGCAGAAGAAGCUGGCGCCCGGCGAACCUGAUCCGGCCUCGAAUGUGAAAGCGCUGAUUCUUCACUCGAAUCAGUUGACGAACUGGGUUGCGCAGAUGAUCUUGACUCAACAAGACGUCAAGCGAAGAGUGAUCGUCAUCAAGCACUUCGUGAACGUGGCAGAGAAAUGCCGUCUAUUGAACAAUUUUUCGACUCUAACCUCGAUCAUCUCCGCCCUCGGCACGGCUCCCAUUGCUCGACUUAACAGGACGUGGCAAGCUGUGAACGCGCGAUCGAUGACCACUUUGGAGAACAUGCGGAAGCUCAUGGGUAGUACCAAGAACUUCACAGACUAUCGAGAGACACUGCACAAGGCGAAUCCGCCAUGCAUUCCCUUCUUCGGUGUGUAUCUUACCGAUUUGACGUUCAUUGAAGAUGGUAUCCCUUCCUUGAUCAAGAAGACCAAUCUCAUCAAUUUCGCCAAACGUGCGAAGACUGCCGAAGUGAUCCGCGACAUCCAGCAGUACCAGAACGUGCCAUACCCGCUGCAACCUGUUCCAGAAUUGCAGGAUUACAUAUUGACCAACAUGAACUCGGCGGGUGACGUGCACGAGAUGUACGAGACGAGUCUACAGGUUGAACCCCGAGAGCGUGAAGAUGAGAAGAUUGCAAGGUCAGUGAUGACAUGGUCUAAACUGCAGUUUUCAGUGGAUUGA